UUAUUCUAAAAAAUGUGUCUUUUCUUGUUUUUUCCUUUAUUUGUUUCACAAUGUUUCUCAUCUGUCCUUUUCCAAAUCUUGUGGAUUAUACAAGUUUCUAGAUAUAUUAUUAAAUUUGGAGCAUUUGGUUUUGUCUCCAACUCUGAGUCUCACGGCUGAUUCGUUCCCUUUUCCUUAUCCCCUCGCUACAGUGCAGAGAGGCGACAAGGGAGGGAAUCACCUUCCCUUGAUCCGCCGCCAUCCAGGCCAGGUGUUCCUUCUCUCUCUGUCCGUCGUUUCAGCCAAGAGAGUGAGGAACUCCGUUCCUGCGGCCCCGACGUGUAGAUAGUCGGGUAGUUCUUCCUGGCGGUGUCGUCAAUGUGGGAGAAGCGGUGUCGCGGAGGAAUAAAGGUGUAUGCGCCUUGUCUCCUGCUCGGCGAGGCCCUUGUGACGUAGCCGGCAAGCGUCCGGCGGUGUGAGCCGACCAGGUGGCAUGCUCGGGGUAAGGUCGUGGCGGCGGAGGUGGUAACCUUUCUUUGGACCUUUUUUUCCCUCCCGCUCCAUCUCCGUCUCAAUGAGGUAUGCUCUGGCCUUGCUGUGGAGGAGGUGCAGCGACGUUCCGACGGUCUUCGUCUGGUGGCAUGUAUCACCACAAGAUUCAAGGUCUUGCCGGCUCAGGUGGCAGCGGCGCGUCUGCGUCUUGUCUCGAUGGUGGUGGUGGUCGUUUGCUGGUGACGAGGUGCUUUGUACUGCAGGUGAAACUUCAAUACAAUCUAGGACCUUUCUGCGAAAAGAGCUCCAAGUCUCAGAUUUUUCCGAAACAAAAUAUUACACGUUAGUGGAGGCUGCUUUUUCUUUUCUUCUUGUGGGGGUUAGUGGAGGCUGCUGCUAAUAAUGCGCGGAGAGAUGAGACGAGACGACCGCAAGUCGUUCAUUCCAGGUCCACAAAUACUCCGUAGUUUGUUUCCACUACUUCCUGUCUGCUUCUUUCUUUCUGCUCUCUGCGGCGACUACAGACUACAGUGGUCGCGCCGGUCUCUGCUUCUUUCCUUUGUCUCCGGUUCUCCGAGGAAAGAUACUACGGUGGUCUCCUCCCAAUCUGCGACGGCGACGGCGACAGCGCCCAAGAGUUCGAUCCAUUCAACGUAUGCUCAGCUCAGCAGAGGUGGAGAGUUGCUUUUCGGUGUUGGAGACGCUCUUCUUCAGCUCGCCCUCUUCAUUGAUCCAAGCCAGAACUGGAUCUAUAAUCUAUUCUCCAGUAGUUCAUCUUGGGCUGCUUUUGCUUGCGGAGGACUCUGCAAAUUGGAUUUGAAGGAGCUGCUAUUCAAGAAUUUCAAGCCAAAGACAAUGCUAUAGCCGUCUGUAGAUCAGAGAGCAAAGACAAAAAAAAAGUCGAGAUAUGGAGGCCGCUGCUGGGGCGUUGAGCCCUGUCCUCCGUAAGCUCGGUGAGCUGCUCGCCGGAGAAUACAACCUGGAGAAGCGAGUGAAGAAAGGUGUACAAUCACUUCGUACAGAACUGGAGAUGAUGCACGCCGUACUUCGUGAGGUUGGCAAGGUGCCGCCGGAUCAGCUCCAGGAGCCGGUCCGGAUUUGGGCUGGCAAGGUGAGAGACCUGUCUUGCGACAUGGAAGACGCUGUUGACGACUUCCUGACGCGUGUGGGUGAGGGUUCAGGCAGCAAGCCAACGGACAUGAGGAGUCAAGUCAAUAAGUUCCUCAAGAAGACCACCACAUUAUUUGGUAAGGGCAAAGCACUUCAUCAAAUCUGUGAUGCCAUCAAAGAAGCUCAGGAUCUUGCCAAGGAGUUGGCUGAGCUGCGUAAAAAGUAUGAGCUUGACAUGUUUAGCUCUACCAACGGUGCUACCAUUGACCCUCGCGUGUUAGCUCUACAAAAAGAUGUAGGGGAGCUUGUUGGACUUGACCGCACAACGGAUGAACUUAUUAAAACACUGAUUUGUGAGGACGGGAGUUCCAAGGAGCACUUGAAGACAAUCUCUAUUGUUGGUGUUGGUGGCCUAGGCAAGACAACCCUCACCAAAGCAGUUUUCGAGAAGAUCAAAGCCCAAUUUGAUUGUGCAGCUUUUGUCCCGGUGGGUCAGAACCCAGAUAUCAGGAAAUUUUUCAAAGACCUACUCUAUGGCCUCGACAAAGAGAAGUUCAAAGACAUUCAUAAUACAACAAGAGAUGAGAAACUACUCAUGGAGGAAAUCAGUGAAUUCCUUCUGGAUAAGAGGUACCUCGUCGUAAUUGAUGAUAUAUGGGAAGAAGAAAUAUGGAGAUUUAUAAAUUGUGCUUUGUGUAAAAACAAACUCCACAGUCGGGUAAUCACGACAACUCGUAAUGUGAGUGUGUCUGAAGCAUGUCUCUCUUCCAGCGAUGACAUGAUUCACCAAAUGAAACCUCUUUCUGAUGAAGACUCACAGAUACUCUUCCAUAGAAGAAUAUUUCAAAGCGAGGAGAAAUGUCCAGAAGAUUUGCAAGCAGUAUCAAGAGAGAUAUUGAAGAAAUGUGGUGGAGUACCAUUAGCCAUCAUUACAAUAGCUAGCCUUCUAGUCAGUAACCAAAGGAUAAAGCAGAAAGAAGAAUGGAUGCAUGUGCACAGUUCGAUGGGCCGUGGAGUUACAGAAGGUGGUAUUGUGAAGGACAUGAAGAGGAUAUUAUCACUCAGCUAUUAUGAUUUGCCAUCCCAUCUAAAGCCUUGUUUAUUAUAUCUAAGCAUCUUUCCUGAAGACUUUGAGAUUAACAGAGAUUUGCUGAUAUGGAGGUGGCUUGCUGAAGGGUUUAUCCAAUGUGACAAAGAUGAAACCAGGCUGUUUGAGAUCGGAAAGAGCUACUUCAACGAGCUUAUGAACAGGAGCUUGAUCCAGCCAGCGGAAACCAAUUAUGAAGGAACAGUAGUAACUUGCCGUAUACAUGAUAUGGUGCUUGACCUUAUAUGCUCGCUGUCAAGUGAGGAGAAUUUUAUCUCCAUAUUGGAUAAUGCUCAGUGGCAUGCACCUAAUCUGCAAAGGAAACUUCGCAGGCUAUCACUUCAUAAUAUCAAGGCAAAGUGUCGGAACCAUCAGUUUGAUAGCACUAGGCUGUCAAAAGUGAGGACCUUUGCUGUUUUUUCUCCUGUUACCUGUGAUUGGUUGCCAUCUCUCUCAAGCUUUCAAUUUUUGCGUGUGCUGGAUCUUGGAAAUUGUGGCAGCCAUGAAAGUAGCUCUGGCAUCAGCCUCAAGUAUGUAGGGAAUUUAAUUCACCUAAGGUACCUAGGGCUCAAGGAUGCAGAUGUUCGCGAACUCCCUGUGGACAUAGGCAAGUUGCAGCUCUUGCAGACACUGGAUAUAGGAGGCACUAUUAUAGAAGAAUUACCUUCAAGUGUUGUUCAGCUCAGAAAUUUGAUAUGCCUACGUGUCAAUUAUAGGGUGAGGCUGCCAAAAGGAAUGGGGAGCUUGAUGUCCCUUGAAGUGCUGGAACAAGUAGGAUUAUCCUCAUCUCCUCACAUUGCGGAAGAGCUGAGCCAUCUGACAGAGGUUAUGACACUCAGUAUUAACUGUGAUAACAUGGACGAGGAUCUGAUUGAUAUAUUAAUCAAGUCUCUAGGCAACCUGCACAAAUUGCAAAAUCUGCGUAUUGAUGAUGGUGGCAGAUUGAUAAAUCGCAUGCGUGAAAGCUGGGUGCCCCCUCCAAACCUCCGUAGUUUUGAUUCAUGGAGCAUCUUUUCUUCUUCGUCGUUCCUGAGACUUCCAAAGUGGGUUAAUUCAAGGUCGCUUCCCCACCUCUCCCGCCUGGAAAUAGAUGUGGAAGAACUGCAAGGGGAUGACAUUCAGAUCAUUGGGAUGCUGCCUGCUCUUCGGUUUCUGCGGCUGACUGCUGAUCGCGUGAUGGGAACGUUGGCUGUGAGGGCCGAUGCAUUCCCAUCUGCGAGAUGCUGCUGGUUCUACGGGUUUCCGACGCCGCCGUGCCUUUUUCCACCUGGAGCCAUGCCAGGGGUUCGGCAUCUUGAGUUCCAGGCCUCUGCAGCGUCGAUCGCAAGUGGCGAGGUUGACUGCGGCCUGGGGCACCUCCCUUCUCUCGAGCAUCUUGAGGUUUCUCUGUGGCGUGAGAAUUCCAGCGAUGAAGAGAUGGAGACAGCCGAUGCUUGGCUGAGGCGGGCAGCAGAAGCCCAUCCAAAACGUCCCACCAUGAAAAUCUAUCUGCCGGUAAGGUACGGAUACUCAUCUGAGCAACCAUGAACUGUAAUUUCAUCAGUUGCUUUGAAUGUUGUUCCAACAUUCCGAUAGGCAACAAACAAUUCUCUGUGCCGUCGCCCGUCGCAGUCACCAACAAUCACUGUACCACCGCAGCUCCCAAUAAAUGAAGGCUCAUUCCCUCCAACGUAUGUUCAGAUUCUGGCCUUUGCUAGACGGAGGCCUCCGCAUGAUUGUUCAUGACAAACUACUGUAUUUGCUAUUCUUUCUGCAUAUGCUUUCAGAAACUAUUUGUCAAGACUCGUACAAUAAAUGGCUGCCUCUACGUUUAUUUGAUUGUUCA